AUGGAUGUGUUAGGACCACGCCUCUUUGUUCCAGAUGUGAACAUCUACCAUUUAAAGCGCGGUAAGUUGAAGUUUUAUCAAAAUCACAUGACAUUUAUGCCUCGUCCUUUGCGUGAUAAUAAUAGUAAUGACGAUGAAAGCGAUGAGGAACCUUCUGUUCGUGAAGACGGUCUCACAAGAGCGCAGCUGGAAGAAGCAACUCGGCUUAAUUCUCAAGUAGGAGCAGUUGAUCCCACGGAACAAUUCGCUAAGAGAGCUAGCAUUAGAGAAGCUUAUCAGGAUAUAUGUAGUCAGUUUGAAGGUGAGCAGAGGACGAAUGCGAAUGAAAAUACGGACCUUAUUGAGAAUCUCGGGAAAUCAUUCGAUAAUGUGGAUCGUUCGUAUCGAAGUGUGGGUGCUGGAGGAAAAGAGCUUGCCGCUGAUGCUGAUACGUUACUGUCGAUGGCGAAGGUGCUUAUGACUCAGAUGCAGUCCUUCCAAAGUUCAAAUGCUGAGAGGACGGUUACUGCAGCAAAAUUUGCAGACGCAUUAACAUUAUUUCUAACCUCUGAGCCAACAACAUCCGCUCCUAUCAUUGAUGGGGAGGAUAACGAAUUACUGAAAGAAGACGAUGAGGAAUUUGAUCGAGAACAUUCACCAACCACUUCCAUCAGCACACAGGAUAGUCAAAGCAGAAGAUCAGUUGCUCCAAAGAUCAGCUUAAAUCAAUGGGCAUGGCUUGGGCGUCAGGACCUUGGUACACUGACCUACGACGUCUCUUUUGAUUACCAAUCAAUACGGUCCAUUGUUGUUGAAGACAGUGCGGAAUCAUGUUCUAUGAAACCAAAGAAGGAGCGAGCUAAAAGAGGAAAAGAUGAGAAGGAAGCUGCGGUUGUACUUACUAAUAAGCAAAAUCAAGGUGACGAUGAUGAGAUUUCUGUCGCUAAAGAGCUUGACAAGGUGCGAAAAUCGUUGAAGCGAGCUUGGAAGGACACCCCGAAUGUUGACUUUUACUCCUUUGUUAUUGAUCCCACUGAUUUUGCUAAAUCUGUAGAGAAUAUGUUCUACGUAUCUUUUCUGGUGAAAGACGGACGUGUACGUCUUUCCGUUGGGGAAGAUGGACUUCCAGUACUAGUACAUGUGUCAAGUGAGGAGCGUGAAAGAUUACAUGUUGAUGAUCGAUCGGCUGCAGAGACUCACCAGGCUAUAUUUUCUUUCAACUAUGAAAUGUGGGAGGCUAUGGUCCAAGUAAUGGAUCUGAAUAAGAGUACAAGUACGCAGAAUCAAUAG